AUGGCUUCGCCCAAAGUAUUCAUAACGGGAGCGACCGGAUACAUCGGAGGAGACUUCCUCUAUGCGGCCUACCAUUCUCAUCCAGAGUGGAAGUUCUCUGCGCUCGUUCGAAAUCAGGAGAAGGCAGCGGUUCUACAAGAAUCUUUCCCAAACGUUAGGCCUGUGUUUGGAGACCUCAACUCUACGGACGUGCUGCGGGAGGAGGCUUCGGCCGCAGACAUAGUUCUUCGUAUUCUGUCUCACAAGAAUCAAGAUUUCGCCGAUUGCGACCACGAGGAAUCUGCUAGAGCCUUCAUCGAAGGCCUCAAGCUCCAUCCUGCAGAGCGCCCAGGAUGGUAUAUCCACACUUCGGGAACGGGCAUCUUGACCGUUGAAGACGGGAGAGCCAAGACUUGUGGAACACACCGCUCAAAGGUCUACGACGACUGGGAUGGCGUAUCGGAAUUAAUCAAUCUUCCAAAUGACGCCUUUCACCGAAACGUGGACAAGAUUGUGACCGAGACAAUCGCAUGGCCAUCCAAGAGCUUCAAGACAGCCAUCGUCUGCCCCUGCUGCAUCUACGGCCCGGGAAGGGGCCCAGGAAACACCAAAAGCGUACAGGUAUACGCACUAGCCACCACCGUGUUGAAAAGAGGGAAGGGAAUCAGAAUCGGAGAGGGCGAAAACAUCUGGCAUCAGGUUCACAUCCAAGAUCUCAGCAACCUGUACCUGGCCUUAGCUGAGGCCGCGGCUAGUGGUGGAGGCAAGGCGACAUGGGACAAUGAGGGCUACUACCUUGCUGAGAACGGAAGCUUCUCGUGGGGUGACGUGGAGAAGGCCAUUGCGCAGGCGGCCUUUGAGAAAGGAUUGAUCAAGACAUCGGAACUUGAUGUUCUUGACUGGGACGGCACUGGCAAAGUAGACUCUACGGGUCCCUAUAAAUGGGGUUCAAACUCCAGGGGUCUUGCGACCCGUGCCAGAAAGUGUUUGGGGUGGGACCCAGUGCAGCCGAAGCUCAUGGAUCUCAUUGGAGACAUUGUGGAACUCCAAGCCAAGGACCUGAAAUAG